UUGACUAAUCGAAAUCCAUUUCCAUUUGCUUAUUUUCAGGUAAGUUCAGCCCUUUUGUGCAAUUUAUGCGAGUGAAUUAUAUUUCAAAUACGGUUUAUGCUAAGAUAUGGUAAGGAAUCUGUUAUCUAUGACUUCUUUCUGGGAAUUUCCCUGUUGUUUUUCAAGGGGUUGUGUUUGAGAAGAAAAAAGGGUUGAGGAUAUUCCGCAUUUCGUUGUAGUUUUUUCCGUCCUCUUGAGAAUUGAUGUACUCCACCGUCUUGGGGAAAACCCCUUCUGGCAGUUUUUCCCACCAUGUUGUAACUGCAGAAGCUAAACCAAUAUUAUUUCUGCCUUCUAUCUAUCCUUCUUCGUCACCCCUUUCCCCGACAUUUUCUCGGCUGCACUUUGUCUUUGGCUUCUCUUUACUUGAUUUUUCGGUCAGUGGCAAUUGGCCGUCCGACGGAAGUAGUUCCCCACUGCCCCUUUCUCUGCCCCUCUGCCGACGUCCUUUUUCGUAUAAUUUUCCGGCUGUUUUCACGUUGCAGGAAACCCGUGAAUUUCGCGUUGAAUUGGCCGGUCGAGCGGGAGAGCGGGUGCUGAAAAUUUGGGGGAGGUCGUGAAAAUGAAUGUCGUAUUUGUUAAGCACCACCCACUCAUUUCCAAGCUUCGCUUUUCUGUGCUAAUUUCUGCUCCAGUUACGCGGCGGGCAAAUUGGUGAGCAUUUUGCGGAUGGGAUGGAGUGAAUGGGUGGGCCCCCAACUCUCCAGCUUAUUAAAUAUAAUUCACAUGGCAUGGCCAGAAAGUCGUCAAACAACAAUGAAUGCUGAAAGAGAAACCGCAACGAGUUAAUUAGGUGGCUUAAACAAUCGAAACUUAAACUGUGCGAGAAGGGCAGGGUCAAAGGUUAAUGGGAAAACGAAGGCAUAAGCAGUGCAACUGUUGAGUGGUCCAAAGUUUUCCAUCUCAUUCUCAAUUUGCGAUGAAGCAAAACCACCAGCAAGAAGCUGUCACGGCCAAAAACUGCAUUUGCACAAAGUGCGAACCGAGAAAAUCGCAUGCGUGCUCUCCCUUCUUACACUAAACAAAAUAAAAGACAACUUUCCAUAACAUUUCAAGUUUUGUUAUUAAUUCGAAGAUAAGUUUUAUGAAAUAAUAACAAGUUUUUAGAACUAUCGAUUUUCUGAAAAAAACUUGAAACUAACUUUGGUUGCGUGUUGUUCAUUCGAUGCUCCAAAUAUCUAGCAUAUCAUGGCUUCCUCUUCUAAAGAGUUUUAAAUCGUGCAAAAAUAUGUAAAAUAUUUUCCACCAGCCUUAACCAGGUCUUAAUCAAUAAACGAAGUUUAAUGUGACUUUUUCAGAAAUCAUGCUAUAAAUCAUCGUUUAAACAAUCAAUUAAAUGAACGGCAAGUAGACAUGCAAUUUUUUGUAUCACGUCGAAUCAAAUAAAUUAUGUGGAAUGGAAAUGCCGAUGAUUGUGAUUGCAUAAAUAUUUGCACUUGAAUUAAGAUUGAACGAUAGAUUAUGUUAAAUUGUUCAUAUAAAUGGGCGAAUAAAAAACCAUAUUUCGAACUUUAAAUUCCCGCAGUCCGCUUUUACGUCCGACAUGAUUUAUUCUCAAAUUGUUUUUUCUUUUUUAUUUCGAGUGGCCAAUCGUUCUUUUUUUUUUCCUCUCAGUGAGCUGCCGCCAUAUCUGUAUUUUUUUUUUAAUGCAUGUUGAAAAGGGCUUGCAGGCGUAUUGCGGGCCAAGGGGGCGUGGCAAUGCAGGGUACAUGGCAAGCGCAGUCAUUGCGGCUAAAGCGGUUUCUGCGGUUUCCGGCAGCCGCAAGGCAGCUUCCUCUGCCCCUCUCGCUCUGGCGCUGAUGCUCCAUCUCCGUCCCACUUGGCCGCAAACUGCUUUUGGUCGUCGCCUUUGGCGUCGCCUGGCGCUGCAUUGAUAAAACUGACCUGGGGGAUAGGGGUGUGCUAUGGGUUAAGGGGGCCUGCGGAAACGGGACAGAAAUGGGUUAAAAGUUAAGGGGCGUUGCAUGCCCCAGCCGCAGUAAAACAGUUGCAGCUACUGAUACAGAAAACCAAAGAGGGGGGUGAGGGGCCCACUCACCGAUGCGAAAUUUUAACAAGAUUUCCACAGUUUUGUUAAGGGACAACAAAUUUGAUUAAAUUUGUCUUGGGGCCAAGGGGAAAAUUGGGUGUGCUGCCAUUUCCCUGGACACUUGAGCUCUCUCUAAAUUGUAACACUUUUUAUUGGGAAAACAAAAACCCUGGCAAAACAUUGUAUUUUGUUAUGCCAGCCAAAGGAAUAUGUUCAAUGGCGCUCAACUGGAUAAGGAAGUACUUUCAACUCUUUUAAGAGGCAUAUAGUCUGGAUCAAUAUGCUUAAAACGUACUUCCUGCAAGACUUCAACAAAACAUCAAUCUGUAAAUCAAAUGUAAAAUGCAGCGAAGUAGUGAAUUGAGUACCUUGUGUUGUUUUCUACUUGAAUUGUAUUCUGCAAUUGCAAUUCCCCCUUCCGUUGAUUUUUCAUCCUAUUUUCCUAUUGUAGUUGUGCUUUUCCUUUCCUCUCCUCCUUUAGUGGAUUUCCCACUUCUUUUGCUCGUUCUCAACCCAUUUCAUAUCCCUUACUUUUCUGUUCACUCCACACACACACACAAAGAUAUGAAAAGAGUUUUCCUUGGGUUUUCCUGCCACUCAGCCACGCCCACCAUUUACCCGGUCCCUCGCCCACUUUCGUGUGGUGUUUUUAUGUGUCUUUGUUGUUGCUCAUUCCGUUGUUGUUUCAUUAGAUCAUUUGAAAUUGUAUGCCAAGGCGUUGUUGUUGCUUAUUUGCAUAAAUAUACAUACAUGUCAGCAUAUUAAAGCAGUUGGUUGCUGAGUGUAUAUAGCCAUUAGCCACGUGUGUGUGUGUGUGUGUAAAAGGAAGCCCGAGUUUUGCAUGAGGAAAUUGAAACAAAUCUUGAACAAUUCAGCUAACUUUUUUGUUGUUACCUUUUACCACUGAGGCGUAAGUUAUUAGGACCCCGAAAGUGACUGCCCCGAAAAGUAGGCAAUCCAAAAUGCAGCAACUCCGAAUGUGGCUAAUGUGGCACACAUACCAACACAAAAAUCCCACCCAUACAGACACACUUUGCCUGCACUUAGCAACCCCCAUCCCCCCAUCAACCGGGAAUGCCCGACAUUUGGAGAAUGCAAUUCGAAUUUAAAGGCUUUAAAGCCCCCACUAAACUAAAAGUGGGUGGGCGUGUUUUGUUCCCUCCUGGUUUAUGAUGCGGCCCGAACGGCACGUUUAAGCAAUUGCAAAACUUUUUAUGGAGUUUUUUCCUCUAUGUCGUAGCCUCAAUAUGGCCACAUAGUCGUAGUGCGACUGCUGUUCGUGUUUGGGUCAGUUUUUCGGCUCUUGGCAGUGGAUCAAAAAUAAAUAUAUAUAGAGCAACUCUGAGCUAACAAAAUGAACAAGUGCAACGAGGAAAUAUGUUAUCAAUACAGAAUAAUAAUCGAUUUACAUGCAUAUACAGAAAGUUACACUUGAAAAUUGGAAAUAAUAAGCAAGAUUUUAUACAUCUAUGCUUAUAAUGCUUAUUAUCCAUAACAAUAAGGUUUAAUUUUGCAUAAAAUGAUUGUGUAUCCAAUAACGGUUUAUCUUUCCUUUUUCAUUCAUUUUGCUAAAUUUAAGUAGCUCUUUUGUCUCCAAAUUGUUAAUCCCAUUAGUAAUUAAUUGACCGCUUAGAUUGGCAAUGCAAUCGAAAUUUGCCAUUUAAUUGUUAUAAUUUUUCGUUCAAUUCCAUAAAUUAUAAAUCAUUAGGCGCCCAACAACACCCCGCCCCACCGAAACCAACCCCCCGCACCGUUGGCAAUUAUUUCAGUUUCACUCCGCCAUUAAUUAUUUCAUUUUUGUGGCUUCCAUCUAAUGAAAUUGCAAUAAUAACGAUUGCCGCAGUUUGCGAGCCACUGCAAUGACCUCACAACUGUUAUCGCUCCGGAUGGAGCGGUGGGUCUACGGUAUUAAUCUUUAUGGUUACCGGAGGUUUGGGUUCGGGGGGGGUCGAAGGUCCGUGCUCCGGGGUGUCCGGGUGUCGUUGGUCAGCAGCGUUACGAGUCGUAAAAACCAACUAACGAUGGUCCACGGCAGAGCUGUAAACUUUGACCUCAAGUUACAUUCUCUGGUAUUUUGUACACCCUAUAACUAUGGAAAUAUUGCUACACAAUAGAAAUUGGAUAUUGAGCAUAUUGUUUUUAAUUUGAAUAGAAAUAGCUCAUUGAACCUUAAGUUCUUGAGCAAUCAAUAAAGGAUUUGAUGUUUUACCCUCAUCUUUAAAAGAAUAUUUCGUAUUUAUAGGGUAUCCAUGGUUUGCACCAAUUUGAUACGCGUUUCGGCCUUCUAGCCAAGCUAAACAACAAAAAGACAAAUAAAAAUUGUUGGGCUUUGCUGCUCGCUUUGCGUUUGGCAUCUGUCAAAAUGGCAGCCAACUUGGCGGGUGGGUUGGUUGGUUGGUGAAAUUAUGGCCGGUUAGUUGGGUGGUGCGGGGCAUUUGUAGUGGGUGGUGCUGUCACGCAAACGUUUGAGCAGAAAAUGACGGUGUCGUUUGCCCUUCCCGCUGAAUAUGGACCUUCCUCCUUCUCCGUCUCCAUUUUUUCUCUCUCUCUUUCGCUUCGUUUUGCCGGUUGUGUGUUUAUAAACGAGUUUUGCAUUAAAUUUUACAACAGCAGCAACAAUGGCAUCGCACGCACACAAAAUGGAGACAUCAACGUGGCUAUAUCUCGGUGUGUGUUUGAGACAGGUGAACGAACGUACCCAUUGCCAUCUUGGCCAUGACAGCUCCCAGUUGCCUUCUCUGCGUUUCAACUUUUCCUUCCCUCGUUGCGCUGAUUUGUCAGGGUAUAAAACGGGGAUGUACAUAUAAAUGUUAUGACUUAAUAGCGGCUGCAGAACGAAAUCAUCAUUUUCUCGGCUCCCAGUUUCCUUCAGCUUCCCUUCUGGAUUUGGCUAAGUGUGCCAUGUCAAGUGGCCAAAUCAACAGAUUGCCAUCCCUCACAUAUGCAUACGGUACGUAUACGUAAUAUGUGAGUUGACGGGUAUGGAAAACUGAAUGGCACCUUGGCAACAAUCUUCCAUCAGUUCUAUCAAUCGAUAGCAAAUUAGACAUCUAGUGCAGGAGUAAAGUUUCCCCCAUCAAAAGUAACAAAAUCUGUGAGCAAUACUGUAAUGGGUAUAAAUAUAGACGAAAGGCAAGCAGCGGAUAACUUACAAGUUGCUAUAUCUAAAACCAAAUUGACUUGACUGGAAAAUAAGGGCACUAUCAGCAUCGAAAGUAGAGUGGAGCCUAUUGAGCGGCGAAAGGAAAUCGAGGGAAAUUCUACUUGGCUGACAAUUGAACUGGCUUAAUUCACUGACUGCAGUUUCGAACAAUUGGCCAGUGGAAAUCGACUUUAUGAACCCUCGGCCAUGCAUCAAAAAAGCAGCCCCACCAUCUCAGUCAGCACCUUCGACCUUCUGCUGGGCAUUUGGCUCUCAGUUUUUCUGGCUUUCAAGCCUCGUCCUGUUUUUCCUUUCCCUUUCUUUUUGUCCCUCCCUGGGUUUUUUUUGUAUGGUUUAUGGGCAGCAACUGAGGGACUACGGCAGUUUGGCAUUUGCCAGCAGUCCACACGCACACACACACACACACGCAGACGACAGCUGUGUGUGUCAUGUCCAGAGCCAUAAAUCAUUUAUUUGAAAAUUGCUAUUGUAUUGCGGUUUAAUAGCAUGUGAUCAUCAUCAUCAGCAGCAGCCACACGAGCGCCACCUUGUGGACAGUGGCACACACUACGUGUCGUAUUCAUAGCCAACUUGCAUCGUUACAUUUAAUAUCCCAGAAAUCGGAGAAGGGUCUGUGAGGUACACGAAAGGUCGGUAGUAUGAAAAUGCGGGCUCGCAUGGCCCAUCAUGCCCAUUAAUUAUAAUGCCGCAGCGGCGACUGUCGGAGGGGUCUCAGCCGACUUCCGUUAGGCCCAGGAACACGCCCCCUACGCCCAGUGCCCCAAAAAGCAAUGCCACUGCCACCCACUCACUCAGAGAAACAUAUGCCGCACGUUCGGUGCCUUUGUCGCCUUUUUGUGUCGUGUUGUGGCAGUGAUUUUCCUGCCUCGAUUUUCCCGCCGGGGUAACGAGGUCAUUUGGCAAUAUACCAACACAAACAAAAAUUAUGUUAUUGGUCAAUGUAUUUAUGAGUACGCCAGGCUCUGGCCCCUAAAAACACAACUCUCCGUUAUACGGACAACAGACAACGGACAACGGACACCGAACACCGGACUCCAAAGGUACAUAUACAUAUGUAUGUAUGUAUGCAUGCCGCUCUGCGAAAAUUGCACGAAAAUUGGAAAUUUAUUGCCAAGCCCACACAAACACACACACAAACACAGACAAACACACACACACGCAAGAUAACGAGUGAAAGAGGAGAGCAACCAACAUGCGCUAAUGACAUUGUGCUGUGGUUUGUCGCCCCCUUUCUUCUGAGCCCCGCCCCCAAUCCGCCCCUCAUUUUGCUCCAUGAGUGCGAUUUCGAUUGGAUUUCCUUUGCGUUCCAUCUACAACACUGAUGAAAACCACAAAUUCUGAUCCAGAUUCCAUCAGUGGAGCGAGCCGUUCACAUCCCGAAUUAUUGCGCCUUGCCUCAAAACGAACGAAAGUUUCGUAAUAAUUUGCAUUCAUAUUUCUGUUACUGUAUACGAGAAAUAGGUUAUUGCUCCUCAAUUAAAUCUACUUCCUUUGAGAAUUGCUUUUGUAAUCGAAUAACUUGAGCUCCAGGAAUUUCCUAACAUGUUUAAUUUGACUUUGCUUGCCGACGAAAUAUGGAAAACCGGAUAAUAGAAUAUUGUCAUAGGAAAUAUACGUAUUCAUCGAGCAUAUGCUAGGUAUCAGAAUGGUCGAAUACUUUGUGUUUCUGUUGCGUGGCCUGACGAAUUUCCGAUUAGACACACACCUGACUUGAUUGAAAAACAUGAACAAAGUAAAUCAGUCAUUGAAAUCAUGCACUUAAGCUACCUGACAAUACUCACCGCCCUGUUUUUCCACCUAGAGGCUAACAAAACCGCUGUCGGUCGCCUUCCAAAGUGGUUGGUACCGCUUAGCUAUCGCGUGGACAUCGUGACGCGGAUCAACCAACCCUAUCAGCCCUUCGGCGGUACGGUGGUUAUUGAUCUGAGAUCGGAGAGAUCUACAAAGAAAAUAGUGCUUAAUUCCCACGAUUUGGCGAUCGGCAAGCGAAGGGCGGUGACAUUGUCUGCCAAGAAUGGCAACUCAGUGCCGGUUAGCAGUAUAGAGAUGGACAUUAAACUCAGUCGACUGACUGUGUCCUUAAAGAGACCACUCAAGGUCAACGUCACAUACUCCAUGCGGGUGGCAUUUACUAGUGUUUUGAGAAGUGACCACACUGGAUUCUAUAGCAGCAAUUAUGUGGAUCAUAAUACUACUUUAACCCAAUGGCUGGCGGCCACCCAAUUUGAACCGAACCACGCCCGCGAGGCUUUUCCCUGCUUCGACGAUCCCAUUUUUAGGACACCCUUCAAGAUCAAUCUGGCACAUCCGUAUCUGUACCGCGCUCUUUCCAACAUGCCCGUCCAGCGGACCAUUCGCCAUGCCAGCCUGAAGGACUACGUGUGGACGCAGUUCGUCGAGAGCCAUCCGAUGCAAACGUACCUGGUGGCCUUCGUGAUCAGCAAGUUCGAUAGGCCAGGUUUCACGUCCAGCGAGCGAUCGGAUUGUCCAAUUAGGACGUGGGCACGCCCGGAUGCACUGUCGCAGACUGAGUUCGCCAACAUGGUGGUGGCACCGCUGCUAUCCUUCUACGAAGAUCUCUUUAACAGUACCUACCGGCAGAAGAAGAUCGAUUUGGUGGCUCUUCCAGAUUUCACCUUUAAGUCGAAAGAGAACUGGGGCUUGCCAGCUUUCGCGGAGGAAUCCCUUUUGUACGAUAGCCAACGGAGUUCCAUUGACGAUCAACAGGGCGUGGCGCGUGCGGUGGCUAUGAUGGUGGUGAACCAGUGGUUCGGCAAUCUGGUCUCCGUCGCCUGGUGGCAUGAGAUCUGGCUGAAGAACGUCUUUGCCCUGUAUCUCUCGCGUUUUGGUGUGCACUCACUGCGUCCGGAGUGGGAUUACCAGGAGCGCCACGCCCUCCAGCUCUACCUCUCGGUCCUCGACUACGAUGCCCAUGUUAAUACGGAUCUGGUGACAGCAUCGGUGCCCGAUGAGAGCCACAUUUGGGCGGCGUACAAUGAGAUUGGGGAGCGCAAGGCAGCCGUGCUCUUCGAGAUGCUACACCGCGUCAUGGGCGAAGAGGCAUGGCUGACGGCACUGCGUCGCUAUCUGGUUGUCUAUGCCAAUCGCACUGCCACAUCCUCUGACUUUUGGGAUCUCUUGCAACUGCAGGUAGACCGCAAUGGACGUUUGGGCAAGGGUCUGAACAUCACUGGGAUCAUGAAAUGCUGGCUAGGGCAACCGGGAUAUCCCCUGGUCACCGUUACCCGGAACUACGAGAAUCGUACGGCUAUCGUAAGUCAACAGCGUUUCUUCAUCACUCCCCAGUUCCGAAACCGCUGGGCCAGGAGUCCUUGCUGGUGGGUUCCGCUCAGCUAUACCUGCCCCAGUUGCCAACAUUCGGAAAUCAUCUCCUUCAGCCGCUGGCUUACAUGUCCGAUUUCUAAGCCUUCGAGUAAAUCUAAUACCGUUAUACUGGGGAAGCUGGAGGCGGAGCCUGAGGACUGGAUACUGUUCAAUGUCCAACAUACGGCUCCAUUCCGCGUGAACUAUGACCUCCGCAACUGGCAGCUGCUCAACAAAACGCUCGCUGAUCCCAAUAAGUUUCGUCUCAUACAUCGUGUAAACCGCGCCCAGUUGGUCGACGAUCUCUUCAGCCUCGCCUGGAGUGGCGAUAUCGAAUAUGACAUGGCCCUGGGCAUUCUCGGCUAUCUGGAGCACGAGGACGAAUUCGUGGUCUGGGCAGCAACCGAGAUAAGCUUCGAGCGUAUCAAUAACGUAGCGAAGAGGAACUCAAACUACCUGAUCUUUAAGACCUUUAUGCGCCUCCUGCUGGAGCGGCAGUUCAAGCGGGUGCUAUCCUCGGACUUGACCAGUUCCUCGGGCAACAUGACCCACCGCCCCGUCAUCAUCAGACUGGCCUGUGAGUACGAGCUGCCCGCCUGUGUGAGUCUCGCCCGUCGGGAAUUCGUAAAGGGAACGCCGGAGAAGGGCGGAUGGAUGACCAUCCAAGAGCGGGAAACGGUCGUCUGCACGGCGGUCAAGUUCGGCACUGAAGGGGACCGGGAUACGGUGGAGUCGAUGUACAAACGCUCGAACUUUGCCGCCGAAAAGGAAUCACUGCUGACCGCCUUGGCCUGUUCGCGGAAUGUCUUCGCCCUGCAGAGAGUCCUUAUAUGGACUUUUGAGAGCUCGGGAGUGCGAAAGCAAAACGCCAGGCGAACCUUCAAGGCUGUCGUCUCUAACUCCAUGGGCUAUCGAUUGGCCAAGAAGUACGUGUCCGUCAAUAUGCAGAACAUACGCAAUUAUUGCAGCAACUCAACCGACAAGGUUGUAAAUCUGAUGACACCCCUAAUUGAAUGUCUAUCCACUCCGAAAGAACUGCUCUACUUUAGCAAAUUCUUUAAGGAGAUCCUGCGCGACAUGAACGGCAGUGAGCGGCUCAUCAAGAUCCUGCUGGAACGGGGCAACGAUAACAUCCACUGGCAGCGCACCAAGUUUCGCCCCAUGUUGCAGGCCAUUCGGGACAUAAUUCUGUGGCGGAGUAGGACGAAGCGGAUACUCAAAUAAAAGAUUGUUAUCCCAAUCCAAAUCUUAAAUGUUAAAGCCAAUGGUCACACAAUCAAAGCUACUUUUGGAUUCUUCAGAUCGGUUUAUAAGCCAUACAAAACAGUCUUUAUUUUAUCUGUGCCACAUUUUUGGCCAAGAUAUUGGGUUAAAUCCCUUUGGAUAAUAUCAGAUUUAGACAACAUAUUUAUUUUGUUCAUUUGGUAAUAAAUAAUCAGUAUUUCUUCGAUGGGAAUAAAAAUACUUGUGCAAAAGUGAAACAUCAUCAUAUAUCGUUGAAUUUGUAACAAAAUGCGCCAUCCACCUG